AUGUCUGUCUCCCAGUCCAAGUCCAAAGAGCUUGAAGAUUACUACGACAACAGGAUCAAUGCAUGCUUGGCUGAGGCUCGCCUUCUCCGCCAGCAGCGCAACGCAGACUGCAGCAAGACGAAACAUCUACCUGCAGAGAUACUGUCGAGGAUAUUUGGCUGUCUGGUCUAUAGUGGGCAUUCCGACGACUUCCCUCUGCAGUGGAUCGCGGCCACCCAUGUCUGCCGCACCUGGCGCACCAUUGCGCUGAACGAACCCACAUUAUGGGCCGAUUUCACCGAUGUGCAUCCCAAGUGGGUCCGCGAGAUGUUCUCGAGGUCCCAGGCAGCGCCCUUGAUACUGCGGUUAUCGCUGGAUUCGGCAAAUCACCUCGCCUUCAUUUUCGAGCACGCACUCGAGUCUCCGGAGCGACUCGCGGAGCUGCGCGUGUCUCAGCAGCCUUUCAUGGCCCGUUUGACCCGCCCCGCCCCGUUCUUGCGCUCUCUCGACAUCGGGGACGUAGAUAUUCCUCCGGACUUCCUUGGUGGGGUUGCGCCGCGACUGCGCACCCUGAAUUGCUCCGGGAAUAUGCAUCUGCCGCCCGAAGCGAGCUGGCUGGAAAACCUGACAGAGCUGAAUUCCCUCGGAGUCGUGAACCUCCAGGCGUCCUAUAUGUCCAAGUUAACUUCCCUGUGCCUUGGGGGCGACUGGAGCGCGUGGGAUGCCGCGAGUGGUCAGCCAUGUCGAGUAUCCGUCGACACCCUGCUCUCAGCUCUAGAGAACAUGCCGCUGCUACAGUCCCUAAACCUCCUGCUUCCCAAUGACGUGCAGCAAGCAUCUCGCAGCCGUUUGGCACCGGUCUACCUUCAGCACCUCUCCGACGUAACAAUCAUUUUCGACACCCUGGAGGCCGCUACAAUCUUCCACCAUCUCCGCACAGAUAAGAUCAAGAAGCUGGUCGCCGCGGGACUAUGCGAUGACAAUAUCGCGAUGAUCGAGCCUGCGUGUCGCUUUUUCGAGACAUUCUACCACGACGGCGGUUUGCAGUACUUGCUCUAUAAGAGACAUGCACUUGAAGUCCAUCGGAUCGAAUCCUAUGGCGUUCAUACACUCGUCCUGAUGAUCGAAUACUGGGAAUACCUAGCACCUAGCACUUUGGCAGGCGUUGUCAGCAUGCUCCCUAGCUGCGUGCCGCAGAUCCUGGAAAUGGAGCUGGAUAAUGAAUCCCCUCUACAUGCUUUUGCGCUUCCUGAAUGUGGUACUAUCGAAGAGCUCCGGAUCAGCACACAUUACCGCACACCACUCAAUGUCUUUCAGACAAGCGAUGCCUCCACUGCACCAUACCCAUCGCUUCGGCGUCUCGAAUUCCAAUUCAUCGACUUCACCUGCACUCCCGAGUCCGCCGACCUACUGAAACGCUGGAUAUCCGCUCGAGAGCCUUCAGCAACACUCGAACUCGUCCUCAGAGACUGCGACAUCUGGGAGCAAGACUUUGCGUCUCUUCAGGAAGUCGCCGCGGUCAGCCACGCAUAG